AGAGACUCUCCGCCGUUCCGCGUGUGCGCGUGCGCAGUGGGAGCUCGCUCCAUCAAGGCCGGAGGCAUCUGGAGACUGAGGCCACAGACAGCUGCUUCUGGUAGACUCCAUGUCUCUGGGAGCCCCCCCCAGAGGCUCCCCACGGGCUCCUGCCCCCAGGGAGCGGAGUGAGAGCGUGUAUGCCCAGAAGAGCUCGCAUCCUUGGGAGGAGCUGCACCAGACCCCACGGGAGAGAGAGGCUGGGGGCCCCAAGUUCAGGGGUCCCCACAGAGCAGAGCCCAGUGACAGCCUGACGAUGCCAGCCACCCUGGGUUCCCUGGGCCUCCAGCAUGAUGAGGAGGCCGCCUGGGGCCAGGGCUCCAACAGCCCUGAGGCUUCUCGCCAGCGAUUCCGGAGGUUCCGCUAUCAGGAGGCAGCUGGGCCCCGGGAGGCCCUGACCCGGCUCCGGGAGCUCUGUGUCCUUUGGCUCCGGCCGGAGGUCAGCCCCAAAGAGCGCAUCAUGGAGCUUCUGGUCUUGGAGCAAUUCCUGAACAUCCUUCCCAUGGAAAUCCAGACCUGGGUGCGGAUGCAGGGGCCACAGAGUGCUGAAGAAGUGGUGGCCCUGGUAGAAGGUCUACAGAGGAACCCAGUGAGGCUGAUGCAGUGGAUCAUGGGUCGCAUCCUGAGACAGGAAGGACUUUCUGCAAAGAUGGAGUCCCCCAGCGUCCAGCCAGCAGCCAAAGGCCUUCAGAGCAAAGGCUCAAAGGAGGAGGAGCCACCUCCAAGGCCUCAGCUGGACGCCCAAGAGGAGGCAGGCCAAGACGUCAAAGAGGAGCCUGCUGGGCCUCAUGAAACAACUUCACCCACUCCCCAGAUCCCUCCUCACCCUCAGGAGGGAAACAGCCACCAUCCAGAGACGUCAGCCUCCUUCCUGCCUUCAGGAUGCCAGGAAGAGUGGGGCCUGCUGGACCCCUCCCAGAAGGAGCUGUACUGGGACGUCAUGCUGGAGAAGUAUGGCAGUGUGGUCUCCCUGGGAAUCCCUGCCCCCAAACCAGACUCCAAGGCCCUGAUGGAGCACUCGGAGGAACCGUGGGGACCUGGUCUGUGCGCAACAGCAGAGGACAAGGCACGGCCUAGAGGCGUUGGCCCGCCAGGAAGCAAGAGCCAGAACCACAAGGAGUGCCCUUCCAGGGAUGGUGCGAGGCCCCAAGCAUCUCAGCACCCGCUUCCCCAACAAGCCCAGGGAGAUGGGCCGUGUCUAGGGUCCGGGAGAGGCCUUUGGACCACCAGGGAGCCAGGAAGCCCUGGAAGGAAAAGAAAGGCCCCCUCGGUCGCCUGGGACAGCCCUCCGGGCAGAGCUGCCCGAGGAGGGCUCCUCCCUGGGGGGGUGACUCAGCAGGUUCCUGGCGAGCAGGCCUCCUUGUGGAUGGAGAGGGACAAAGGCUACUUUCCACAAGGCACCCUGAACUCGCUCCCAGCCGCGAGAGAGAAACCCUACGUUUGUGACGAAUGUGGCAAAGGCUUCGACUGGAAGUCCGUGUUUGUCAUUCACCAGAGAUCCCACACAGGCCCGGCUGCCAGUCAGCUUGAGGAGAGGAGGGAGCCCCGAGAUCCCAGGGACCCGAGGGCCAAGCCACGGGCGCCGCCGGGAGAGAAGCCCUAUCGCUGCAGCGAGUGUGGGAAGGGCUUCCGGGAGCUGCCUGUGCUGCGCAAUCAUCGCCGAAGCCACACGGGCGAGAAGCACUACCAGUGCCAAGACUGUGGCAAGUCCUUCAACUGGAAGUCCCAGCUGGUCAUUCACAAGAAAGCCCACGCGGGCCAGAAGCAGCACACAUGCGUGGAGUGUGGGGAGAGCUUUGACUGGAAGUCCCAGCUGGUCAUUCACAAGAAGGCCCACAAGAGGGACGCUCUGUAGGCAGAGUGCCUAUGAGGGUGGCUGCUCCUCUGAACUGCCCGGAGCCAGGCCUGGCCACCUGGGACAGGGGAACUCCUGGUCUGCUCUGCCAGGAUUCCUUAGCCAUAGUGCCCUUGGGGAGGAGGGGGCCCUAAGGCCCCUCCCCCAGAGACACUAAUCUAGGUAAUAAACUCCCUUAGCGCCUCUGGGAACACUCAUACCU